UCGUUUCAAAUAUCAUCUCGCCAACUUUCAUUCAUUGGUUCUUUUCUUUCUUCUCCUUGUUCUCGUGCACUAGUAGCAUUUCCAUGUGACUCACCCUUAAGUUUCUUAAGAGUUUGGAAAAUGAUUCCAUAAGUUAAGCCGGUAUUAAGAACUUUUUUGUUGUUGUUAUUUGUAAACUUUUACUAGCAAUCAAGAAUGAUGCUAGUUGGAGCAUUUUCAUGCGAGCAUGCAAAUAACGACAAUAAUUGCUGAUACAACCAAACACAUCGUUGGCACUUCUAUUGUGGUUUCAAACUCUCUAUAUAAACCACUUCUCAAAAUGAAGUUGAGAUACGGAAGAGACGUUAAGAGGAGACAGACUUGAAGAACCAAGAACAAGAUUCUUUCAGUUUGAGUGAAGGAGCAAAAAUGUUGCAAUGCAUAACAUGUGCCAAGCAAACAUCAGAAGAUGGGGAUGAGCAAGUUCAGCAGAGAGGCACACCAACUACCAGAGAAGCCCCCAAAAAUCUGUCUGCGCAGAUAAAGGAUAUUGUACUGAAGUUUAAAGGUGUUUGCACAAAAGGAUCCACCAGUUCCUACAAAAGAGGACUGAGAUCAUCUGCUGCUAACUCUGAAGUCAAUUCUGAGGUUCAAUGCCCUUAUAUGGGAGGUGUGAGCUUAGGUUCAACUCCUCCUUGGGACUUGCCUGUCAAUUUCACUGGUGGAAGAUCUGAUCAGAGGUUUAUAGGGGGGACUAGUGGUAACCAAACUCCUACGGUGCAAGAGCCGGUUGUAGCGGAACCUGAGGCUGUGGUGGAGGAAAACAGAGAGUGGGUGGCUGAGGUGGAGCCGGGAGUUGAUGUUACCUUUUUGUCUCUUCCUGAUGGUGGAAAUGAUCUCAAGCGAAUUCGCUUCAAUCGCGAAAUCUUUGAUAAGUGGCAAGCUAGAGUAUGGUGGGGUGAGAAUUUUGACAGACUCAGGGAGCUUUAUAAUGUCCGGAGUUUCAAUAGCCAAGCUCUUAGCACUGCUCUACCAUCUGAGGAUGAGCAAAGAGAAGCUUCUUACUCAAUGCAUGAAACUGGAAGUGGAAGCAAUGUGGCUGCUUGGGAAAACAAUGAUCCAAUGGUGGGGAAUCAGUACUUUAAUCCUUCAGGAUUCACUAUGGGUGAGGGAAGCAGUAGCAACCAAAACAUGCAUGCAGCAUUAAGGUCUUCUUCUAUGAAUGAAAUUUCCUUCAGCAAUUCUAGUGACCCUGACUCAGAAUGGAUUGAGCAAGUUGAGCCUGGAAUAUUUGUCACAGUCAGGCAGUAUCCUGAUGGGAACAACGAGCUUAGACGUAUCAAAUUCAGCCGACAGAGGUUUGGAGAUGCAGAGGCAAGGAAAUGGUGGGAUGAGAACAGAGAUAGACUUCGAGAACAAUACCUUCAGUGAAGCCUUUGUGCUAUGCUGAAGUUAAUUGGAAUCUUCAUAUUUGAAUUGUAUGUGUCAUAUAGAAAACUUUGUUUCUCAUCAUUGGUGAAUAUGGAUUCAUAUGCUAAUAAGUUAUUCGGUUGAGUCGGAUUUUUCAGUUAAAUUUGUUUAUUGGGGGGUAUAAUGUUUUCCAUAUUAUAUAUAUAUGUACUUGAAUUAUUUCACCUGGGAUUAUUAUAUAUUAUGGUCAUUGUUGCUAAAUAUCAA